AUGACGCCGGUUGCCAUCAACGCCUUGUACAUGAGACCUUUGAAAUGGAUUUUCCUGCUGCUGCUGGUGUUUUCCCUGAUCUUCAUGUGGUACAUCACCCUGUCCUCCAGGGCUGGCGUGGACAAUGUGAACCUGCUUUAUUUCUACGACUACGAGCCCGCCUUCCGGCACCGGCGGCCGUUCACGCUGCGCGAGCGCCACGGCUGCGCCCAGCUCGAGCCUUUCCUGGUCAUCCUGGUGGCUUCCAGCCCCGGGGAUGUGAAAGCCAGGCAGGCCAUCAGGAUCACCUGGGGCUCCCGGGAUUCCUGGUGGGGCCAGCACGUGCUGACUCUGUUCCUGCUGGGGCGGGACACGCGCAGGGAGGACGGGGCGGCCGCGCUGUCGGUGGAGGACGAGAGCAUCCUCUACGGGGACAUCAUCCGCCAGGAUUUCACGGACACUUAUGACAACCUCACCCUCAAGACCAUCAUGGCUUUCCAGUGGCUCUCUGAGUUCUGUCCCAACGCCAGGUUCUUCAUGAAGACAGACGUCGAUGUCUUCAUCAACACUCCCAACCUGGUGAAGCUCCUGCUGCAGCUGAAUUCCUCGGAGAACGUUUUCACCGGCUAUCCCCUCAUUGACAACUUGGCCUACAGAGGCUUUGACAGAAAAAGAUACAUCUCCUAUGAGGAGUAUCCCUUCAGGCUGUAUCCCCCCUACUGCAGCGGGCUGGGAUACAUCCUGGAUGGAAAACUGGCUCUCAGGACUUAUGAGCUCAUGGGCCACGUGAAACCUCUGAAAUUUGAGGAUGUUUAUGUGGGGAUUUGCUUAAAUCUACUCAAAGUCAACAUCACUCUUCCACAAGAUGAACAGUUCUUUCUCUAUAAAAUCGACUUUGAUGUCUGUAAGUACAGGCAUUUGAUUGCAGUUCACGGCCUUACAGCAAAUGAACUGGUCCAGGUUUGGCAGGAUUUGUCAUCUGACACUUCCAAAACUUGCCUUUGAUCGUGGAUUUCUUUAGAAACUUCAUUUCGGUGUAAGAGUGGCCUCUGGAGGUGGCUCUGGCUGCUGUUCCUCUGGGGCAUUCCAAUGCUCUCUCCGAUAAAACCAGGGAUUCACAAAGCACUUUGUGUGUACCCCACACCCAGAGGGUGCCUUGGGAUGCUCUGUCCCUCCUGCCUCUGCUUUCCCCGAGCUCACAGCGACCCUGGCAUUUCCCCCUGCAUCUUCUGCAAUGUACAAAAUGCCACCGAGCAAAGGUGUUCCUGCCAAGAAAGCAGCUCUGAGGAUUCUUCCCAAAUUCCUGCCUGCAUUCUUUUUAUUGUUUUAUUGCCACUCUCCAUUAUUUGUUCUCUGCCCAGCACGAAAUUUAACCCAACCCAACCCAACAUUUUUUUUU